UAAAUUAACCCACAAUGCAUCUGCCGAUCCCGUAUGUCCAAACAAAAUUUGAAUAUCACAUGACAAAAUUAAAACGUGAUUCUUAAAAAAAGAAUGGGUUUUUAAUAUUAGUACAAUUUAAGUUCAUUUAUCUGCAUACAUUUUUUUAAUUACAUAUUUUAAUAUUAUUCGGAGGAAAUAUUUACAUUCAAGAAAAUAAUGGCAGAAAACAUAACCACGACAAACAUGACAAAGAAAAGACUAAAACCUGAGAAUAGUGAAGAUUCUUUAGGAAAACAAAAAGCCACAGAUCAAACUGAUGCUGAUAUUGACAGUGUUGCCAUGUACAAAGUAAUGUUCAGAGCAUUUGUAAGUGUAAUUUUACCAUCCUGCUCCAUUUUUUACCUAGUCUACAUGGGUCUGUUUGAUUCAGUCUUCACAGAGAAUGGGAUUGAACAUUAUGCCGAGAGACCAGGUCUAGGAAUGAAAGCUCUGUUACCAAAGUGGAUGAAGAUGCCACUUAAUUCGGCCAUUAAUUUUGGAUAUGUUAUAAUGGCAGCAUAUUGGUGUGCUUAUACAUCAGCAGCCUUCCAAGCAAACAGGAUCACACUAAUUGAUGCAUAUAUAUCCUAUAUAUUCAAUUUUAUGGCAGGUUGUUAUGGCCCGAUACAACUUUUAAGAAUUUUGACUCAGCUACCACAAUUUGCUGUUUUAGAUCAAUGGUAUACAUACCCACUCUUUAUGUGGGUGUUUGUGUGGGGACACUUUCUAACAUCUGGUUGGAACUUGAUUUUCAUAAUUCAAUGUAUGAUAUUUUCAGUUGGUAGCUAUACUUUGACAUUAUAUACAGAUGUAGGAUUUGCGAUUGCACUUGGAGUUCAUAUAAUUAUAGCAAUAAUUGGAGCUCUAUUAGCCUAUCAAAAAUUUCCAUCUAGUGAUUGUAAAUAUCCCUUUGUAAUGUCUAUCAUAUGUUGUGCUGGUUUUGUUGGAUUGAAACUAAUUGAUUUAGAUUUACCAAAAGUGCAUCCUAUAUUUACUAAAAUUUCAGGACAUUUUUUGUCAAAGAUUGCAGACAUUUAUCAGAUUCAUUAUGUAAACAUGUACUUUUUUGCUUUGACAUUUUAUAAGCAUAACAUUGAAAGCAAGAAAAGUAUGUGAAUCAACUUCAACAUUUAUUUUAAAUUUGCUUUGUUAUGAAUAACAUCUUGGUUUUUCCUUCCUUGCCUUGUGAACAAGUUUCCAUACAGUUAGAAUUAUGUUGGAAAUAAAUGUAAUAUGUUAUCUUUUAAACCACUCAUAUUUAUACAUUAAAUAUUGUUUCAAGAACAAAUGAUAUUGGUGACCAUACUAGUUCUGAUCCUUUUUGAUACAUAUGUGUUUAUGUUCCUUUUUAAAAUUGGAAGCUUUGAGUAAUCCAAAGUUGAAACUGAUCUAUCACCUAUACAAUUUCUGUUUGAAAUAUGUUGUAGGCAAAUUUGCUUUCUAUCAGUUAUGUCCCUUUGAACUUGAUUUGUAAUUAUGGAGUCAAAAACACAUUUUGGAUCAGUCAAAAACACUUUUUGGAUCCUCAGAUAGACGUGGAGACAUUGUCCAAAAUAUCAAUUUUUGUCUUUAUAAAAUUUGAAUACAAAACAUUAUCGUGUCCAGCACACAUCUUAAUGUGACCUCCUUUGACAUGUGAAUGUAUUACCAUACACUUCAAGUUCAAUGAAAAUAUCAUCACUUCUAACAUUUUCAGACCAUUUAUUUUUUAAGUAUUGGAUUAUUGUAAGAUGUACAUUUUAAAUUGCAUGGUCAUAUGAUCUUGACCUCAUAUUCAUGAACUGUUGAUAGUGUUAAGUGUUAUUGAUACAUAAAUAAUUAAAUCAUGAUAUAGACUUGGAUCAUUUCAAUUAUAAAAGGUUAAAAAAGGCAAGACAUUAGUUAAUAGAAAGAAUAAAAUUUUUGAUCCUGUUACUUUAAUGUCAGACAACUAUAUUGAAUUUCCAUAAAUUGGAAUGGAGGGACAAAUACAUUAUAUAUAAUUUAUGUUACUGUAUGUUGAAUAUUUGAUGUGAUAUGUGACAGGUGAUUUGAUUUUAUAGGAUGCAAAAUUGUUACUUCAAUUUUUUAGCAUCUAUAAAUUUGUUCUGUAACAAUGAAACUAAAAUAAUAAAACAAGAAAAAUAAUUAA